AAAUUAAAAAAAAUAUCCUCAUCCAAAGGUCCUUUUACAUACGCGAACACAUAUCACUCCAUUAUCACAUACAUUAUGUAUUUGUAUUAGUACACAUAAUCAGAGUAAAACAGUUCUCCUAUUUAAGCUAUCUAAUGCGAGAAACACGGAACCCCUGCGCACCCUCCCGCAUCUAAACGCAGGAUCCCUGGCGCCGCGAACGGCCGCCAUCUUGGACCCGAUGGGCGAACGCGGGUAAUUUUGAGAUAACGGAGAUUCAAACUCGCUUUCUGUUUCGGGGGUUUUCUCCCUCGUCGCUUCAUCCUCUUUGGUCGCAAAAAGCGCAGUCCAUGGACUCGUCACUUCAGCGUGAGUUGGACGAGACGACUCCCAGGAAAUCCCUGCGGCAACAGCUCAGGGUCCUCCCACCACAGGAGACACCUGCUAUCCUCAAGGAGGGACGCCGAGAGAAGCGGACCAAGAGGAAGGAUGCUGUCUCCCCUUCAGAAGUUUCCCCUAAGCGGGCUAAAGGUAAUAUUGAGGCCACAAACCUGCACGCGCAGGUCCUUCGCCAACGACUGCAGCUCUCCAGGCGGUCGCUGGACCAAUCCCUCAAUGUGAGCAACAUCAGAGGAGCAAACCAGACCUAUGCAGAUCUGAGCAUUUCAGAUAGUGGAGACUCGUUCAUCAAUGAGAGCAUUAAUCUGGAAACGGCUGCCAGGUUCCGCAAGAAGAGAACAAGAGCCCUGGAGUCAGCAUCUCAGCCAGAGUUACCAUUUGAUGCCCUUAUGAAGAAGACCAGUUUAAAUAAAAACCUUAGGUCAAAGGGCAAGCUUUGCCAGUCAGAAUUUGGACCCUUUGUCCAAGUCAAUGGUGAGUCUUCUCUGAGUGAGAGCAUUAAUCUAGAGAAAGCCACCCGGUUCCGUAAGAAGAGAAGCAAGCCUCUGGAGUCUGCAUCCCAGCCAGAAUUGUCCUCCAAUGUAGUUGCCAAGAAGCCUGCCACAGGAAAGAAGGCAGAAGGGAAGAUGGAGUCAAGUGUUUUCCUCCAUAGUGAUAAAACCUAUGGAGACAUUAGUGAUAGCCUACUAGAGUCUUCCAAUGACAGCAUCAACCUGGAAGCUGCAAGGAAAAUGCGUCACCCUAGCAGGAGAGAGAAGGUAGUCCUCUCCCAGCCUGACCCAAAUUUACCCCCCCUCAUUACACCAAAGAAGGGAAAAGGCUCUUCUUAUGAAAAUAAGUCACCCAAGUGGAAGUCACCUGAACAUUUUGCCUCCCCUAGAGGGAAAGAAGAAAAAAUGCCAGAUUCACCUGUAGCUAUACCAACAAGCCAGCCAGCUUCCCACCAAGACAAUACCUAUGACUUAGACAGUGCUGAUGAGAGCCUUGAGAAUGUAAAAGCUGCAACUAGGCGGAGGUUUGGGCGUAAAGCACCACCUGUGGAGUUAAAUUUGACUUCACUCAUGAAGAAUUUGAAGAAGUCACAACUGGAGACAGUAGAGGAUGAAUCCGAGGAGAAAGAGAGGGAAGAGAAACAGUCAUCAGAAACUGAGAGCGCAGCUUUACAAGAGGAGGAAAACAUGGAGGAUGAGUCUAGCCAGAUAAUGUUUACUUUGGAUUCAAGUAGUGAGAAAAGUAAUGAUGAUCAGGAUAGUCAAGCCUCUCAGGCCAUCAGAGUGAUCCCAGAAACCCAGGAUGAUGAUACUAUUCUAAUUCCCAAGACCCAGGAGUCAAUGAGGGAGAGCCAGGAAGUUGAUACACCAAGCAGUUAUUCAUCUAACACUGAGGACCUGCAUGAAGACCUGGCAGAGGGAGGGGUGACAUCCAUCCCAGAAACACAAGAGAGUAAUGCCAGUGCUGGGGCCCAUUCCACAACCAAGGAACUGAUUGAGAAAGAAGAAGAAUACCCAGACCAGCUAUCUCCCCCACCCAGCUUCCGUGACACAGUUGAGGAGCAUCAAAACAAUGAGGCAUCAGAGAUUGUUCAUACAAGCUUUAUUCCUGAUAGCGAUGAUGACAAAGAUAAGGUAGUAGAGAGUAACAUAUCUGCAGCUGUCUCUACUCUAGAAGGAUCUCCUGAUCAUAAUAGGAGUUCUGCUGGGGUCUCAGAUAUGGCUUCAUCUCCACUGCGGAAAAGCAUGAGAAUACACAUGGCUAAGACAGAUACUCCUCAGAAAUCUUUAGAAACAGAGGCCAGAUUGUCUGAGAUGAGCUUGGGAUAAGUUCAGACUGAAAGCAAAAGCCAGCUUAGAGCUAAUUCUUUCAUUGGGGAAAGUGUAGGGGAUCGUUCUUCACCAAGGAUUGGAAGGAAAAGUUUGCCUGCUUCAUUUCCAGGGAGAUUUGCAGGGAUGGGCUUGGAAAGCAAAAGUCCAAGGAAAAGUGUUGGAAUGCUCUUUUCAAAAACCAAUUUAGAGAAAGAUUUGCAGAGUGACAGUCCAUGGAAAAAUUUUGCAAUGAAAAAUGCUCAGGUGAAACUAACAAGACUAUCUGAAAGUCAGACCAAAAAUCUUUCACCAGACAGAUUAUCUAGUCUCAAAACACAGUCCCCUUCAAAGCGCACCCUAAGGAGAACCCCUCAAAAGAAGAGCAAAGAGUUGCCACCUCCAGGCUCCCCUCAGCCAAAUGAUGCAUCCUUAAGUGAGAAAAAAGUAUCUGAAGAAGGGAAAUCAAAGAUGGCUGCUCAAAGGGCUAGGAUGCACACAGUCACCAUUGAAGCUGAAGUCCACCCAGAAGAGGCCAUUAAAGCAGCAACAAGAGCCUCUCCAGGGAUGUUACCUGUUGUAGAUUCACAAGAGCCUGAGUCAGUAGGAAGCAUCAAUGAAGAGCUUCAGGAUGGCUUGGCAAGACCCACCUCAGAGGCAAAGAGUAGAUCGUCAGUACUAAUUCAGAAUACUGAUGCAGGGGAUGUUCCAGCAGAGGCAGACAUUGAAGAGUUUGAUGGGGUUACAUCCAUUGCAGACAGCAACAGCAAAGAAGGUGAUGACUCCACUGCGGAAAAUCUGAAAGAGCUAGCAAGUGAGGAGACUAGACUGAUAAGAGAAGAUAAGGCUGAGGCAGAGGCAACUUAUGAUAGGACAAUAAGAGAGAUGUCUAAUCAAAGCACACCCAGCAGAAGGGAAGAGGCAACAGAGACAGCUGUUUCUGAUGGCACUGUAGAAGAACUGAUAGGAGAGGAGGGUCAGACUCAAAGGAAAUAUGAGAAAGAGAUUGUGGCAACAUCAGAUCUCGCCCUAGCAGCCAUGCCAAGCCAGACAGAUGAGAGUGACGAAGAAGAAGAAUUCUUGUUGCCAACACUAAUCAGAAGAAAAAGUGUGAUGCCAAAAGUGGAAGCAGAGAUGCCAGAUGAGAGUUUGGAUACACCCAGUGAGAUGGGAGAAUAUGGGGAGGUCUCCAUAAGGGAGCCAGAUCUAGGUGACUCCCAGGCUGCUAUGAACAAGCAGAUGCAGAGGACAUCAAUGGCUGAUGAUAACACAUCCAUCACCCACAAGGCCACACUAGCCAGUGUUGCAUCCAACCCAAAGCAGAUGACAAUGAAGGAGUUCUUGCAGAAGUUGGCAGAAAAGCCAAUGCAGGCUCCAGUCCCCACUAGGCAAGAAGGUCCACAUCUGGCUUCUCUACUAAAGUAUAACAAGCCUCAGACACCCAGGAAAGUUGGCCUCAGACGCCCCAAGGCUGAAAAGAAUCCAAAGAAGGAGCUCCCAAAGAGACUCUCCAAAGCUGCAACUAGAGACUUGUUCUCACACUUUGCCAAAUGCAGGCUCACUCCUGAUGGCUUAGACCAGCUGCUAAGAGUGAGUGAAGAGUACUGGAAGAACUGCUGCUCAGACUUGGCCAACUUUGUGGCAGCAAGAGGGGGAGUGAAAGAAGUACAGGCCAAGGAUGUGAAGAAGCUGAUGAAUCGUCAGGGACUUGUGUCUUCAGAGGAGGACUUACAGAUCCUAGUUCAGAAGUACCUUCCUGCUGAGGAGUGGAACCACCUUAUCCCAACGGCAUAUGCAAAGGGGAACAUAUACCCACUCCCUCCUGAUUCAUAGGUGGGACAUUUACUUAAAAGGAACUGCCACAAAAGUACCUGGAACCAAGCAAAACAAUGUGAUUAUAUCUUGCAAGAAGUUAGAAAAAGUAAAAUGAAUUGCUCCCAUGUAACUUGAGUUUUGAAGCACAUAGUCAACAUAAGAUAUUAACACUUCUGAAAAAUAAAAAACUGGUUAUAGAUAUAGAAAUCUACAAGUAGAAAGUUAAUGGGCACAAAGUAGUAUCACAAAGAAUCUUAUGUAACUCAGAAGUUACUUCCACCAAGUAGUGAAACCACCUGUUUAAAUCUUGCAAGGAAUUAGGAAAUAGAGGGGGGUAGUCAUAUUUUAAGGUCACGUGGUGUUAUUGCAAAAAAACUAAUGAAAAUAGACUCAUCUUUAGAAGGGGACAUAGAGAUCCUGGUUCAAAAGUUCAUUCUGCCAGGAAGUUAAAUCACCUGUCUAAAUCGUGGAAGGAGAUGGAAAAUAAGGUAAAAUGAACUGGUCACAGGUAAUUGAAGUUUUUAACAUAAAGUCAAAAUAAGGUAGCAAAGCUUAAAACUGAUACAGUUGAAAAGAAAGUAAUGACUAGUUAGGUAUCAAAUUCUGUAAGCAGAAAGAUGAUGGGCACAAAGUAGUCUUAAAAUUCUUCUUGCCCAGGAGAAGAAAAGGAGAGU